AUGGACAUCCCCAUCAGCAGCAAAGACUUCCACUGCCUGCAGCUGGCCUGUGUGGCCCUUGGCCUCCUGGCCGGCAGCAUCAUCAUCGGAGUCUCUGUGUCCAAGGCUGCAGCUGCAGUGGGCGGGAUCUUCCUUGGUGCUGCCGGGCUGGGGCUUCUCAUCUUCGCCUACCCCUUCCUGAAGGCUCGGUUCAACUUGGACCACAUCCUGCCUGCACUAGGGAACCUGAGAAUCCAUCCCAACCCAGGGCCAGAUCAUGCGGAGGGAAGAUCCAGCACCAAUGGCAAUAAGGAAGGGACCCGUAGCAGCCUGUCCACUGUAAGCAGGACCCUGGAGAAGCUGAAGCCAGGAGGCCGUGUGGCUGAGGAGGGAUGA